AUGGUUUCUGCUCAUCCUUUGGGAAGGGAACUUACUUUUGAGGAAUUAGAAUCCUUCCAGUUCCAGUUUGGGUUUUUCCCCAAACAUAGCGUUCAAAUCCCUCUUCCCAAUGCAUUGCUUUUUAGUCCUCCUUAUGGCAAGGUCAGCAUUCCAAUUUCCUUGUUUGAGGUGGGUCUGUGUUUACCCACUAUGGACUUUUUCAACCUAAUCAUUCAUGAAUAUGGGUUUUCUGUAACAAAACAGACCUUAGUCUCCAUAAACGAGAUUGUGGGCUAUAAGCUUCUCUACCAUGCCCUAUUCCAUCAGUCGACUGUCCCGGCAUUCAAGUACUUUUUCAAUGCUUCUACCCAUUCUGGGACUCAAAACCUUUCUCGUCGACGAGGAGUCCCUACCCUCAUCCAGGAUAAAAAAAAUCCAAAAAGAACGGGCAGGAGAAGUUUUUAUUGGUGA